UUGCAAUGACCUUUGCCUCUAAAUGAAAACAAUAACCAUAGUCUCAAAUGAAUUAAACACUAAAGUCCUCAAAGGUCAUGAAACUCUGGGAGAGAGCGGAAACGUCAGAGGAGGAGGCGUUUUCUGCCACAGGAUGUUUUCCCUCAUGAGAGGAUGUGUGAGAUAUAGUCACUGCAGCCCCGUGGGAGUGUUUCAAUCAGAGGCACAAUGAGAAUAUGAUGCAUUACAGUCAGAGGAACGCAUGCAUGGAACCAGUGUUGAUGAUAUCAAAGUACCGGAUCAGAUUUCUCCUCAGCAUACAGUUAAUGUAGUUUGCUGAAAGAGCUAAAACUUUUAGGUGAUGAGGCAAAGCCUCGAGUACAUCGUUCUGCUGGAGGCAAGUUGAAACUCUCGGUGCAAAAGAUGAGAGCUUGCUGGAUGUUCACGAUCCUCCUGAGCUGCAGCUUAUCUCAUACAACUAAGUCUGAGAGAAACUGCGAAGACCAGCUGAAUAUCGUCUGUGUACCUGCCAAUGACAACGUGCCCGUGCCUUGCCCAGAUCUGGAAGGCGAAGAUGUGACUUAUGAACUUUUUAAAGAAGACAAAAUGAUUUACAACCAUACAUACAAGACAGAGAAAAACAAUGUAUCUCACAGUAAACCACCAUACACCAGGGUCGGCGUUGAACUGCAUCAGAACAAAAAAAACAAACCAGACAGCUUCAUACUCACUGGAGUGAAUGCCAGUAGCUAUGGUAUCUACAGAUGUGAGUACAUCGUCAAGUACCCUCCCCCCCUCAAAACAGUGCCAAGUACUGUCCGGAUCCUGUUACUUGUUGAAGGACACCAUUGCAAGUUCAAUAAAACUUACAGUAAGCCUAUAACAGGAGAUCAAAAGAAUGGAUUUCUUUGGAUUUGGAUCCUGGCGCUCGUCCUUUUUGGCAUCUACAGCCUAAUUGUCACCAUUAUUGCCAGCAUCAUCUGGGUCAAGUGGAGGGGGUUGGAUUCCCAGAGUGAUUACAUGAACACCAAACCCAAAGCAGCAAGGAACCGCAAGAAAAGAGGGUUUCAAAAUCCUAUACCACGAUACUUCUGAUCACCCGUGCAUCGUCUCAGUAGUUGCACAGCUGUUAGUUUUAGUAUUAACACGAGGGCGCCAUUGUAGUAGCUUGCCCUGUGCAGAGUGAGUGAGAGGUUUCGUUCAGUCCAUUGUGUUUUCAGUACUAGUUGUUUUUUUGUCUACACAGUUCCUUUAACAGUUGUGGCUGUUUCAUACAAUCAAAAAAA